AUGACUUCUUUAAAGGAAACAAGUAAUAGAAAAGAAAGUAGAAUUCAAAAAAAAUUAUAUGUUGGAAGAAACAGAAGGUUAUGCUUUCAUGUAGCAGGAAAGCACAGUGAAGCCAAAGGUGCUAGAAGAAGCUUUGUAGGGCUGACAAUAAGAGUGCUUUUUGUGCUUUUUAUUUUUACUGUGCAGCAAGCUUAUGCAGUGCUAACGAGAAGUGAUGCAGAGAAACUGCAGCAAAUGGUAGUACAUGCAGAGGGGGUUGUAGAGUGGGUUGUCAAUCCAUAUGGCCCGCUAAGCCCAUUUGGAUUAUAUGUAUACAAUAAGACUCGCUAUAUGCAUAUACGUAGAUUUUUUAAUAUUGAAAUUAAUCCAUAUUAUAAUGUGUCUGGCAAAAAUAAUAACCAGUUUAUAAGAGAUCCAACAAAAGACGAAGCGUUCGCUUUUUAUUUAAAAAACGUUAAAAUUACAAACUUUAUUAGCGCCCAAUACACUACCCUCAUCAAUAUGUUUCCUUCUCCUGAUCAAACAAUAAGCAUUUACCCUGAAGAAGACUGCAAGGACUCGUUUACUCUUUUCUUGAAAAGCAAUCUUGUGAAAGAGCAUGCACACACAAUUCUUGCAGCAUUGCUUCUUCGAACAGAGAAAAUAGAUGUACCACUGUCCAUUAAGUAUAAUAAAACCAAGACCCGUCAUCUUGUAUGGAAAGGCGGAGCCCAGAAGACAGAGAACUUCCGUCUUAAAAUGGUUAUUCCUUGUUCUGAGAUGCAAGAAGACGAUUUUAGGAAAAGAAGAUGUGAAGUUCGUCAAUAUAAAGCUUUACAGGUUAUUGAGUUUUUCUUGCAUACGAAUUCACUAGUUCAAUAUGAUAUAGAGGAUUCUAUGACUACGGAAGAAAAAGAAGGAUUUUGGGAAAAUAAGUUUUGUAUGUGUAAGAGCUGGCUUAUACAAUCGUACAUAUAUCACUAUCUGGAAACUAAAGAAGAUGCUGCUUGCUUUAAUAGGACAGUAUACAAGAUGCUGGAUGAGCAUAUAAAAAAGUGUAAAAGGGAAAAUAGAGAUGAGCAAAAGGCUAUUAGCGAGGAGUUCCUUAAGACAUGCUUUAUGCAAUGCGAUUCGCUUUCAGAUGAACUUGAAUACUGGAGGAAAAUAGAAGAACUUGAAGGUAGUAUUGAGGUUCCGGAAAAGAAGAGACUGCUUCCCUUUACGGAUUCAGAGCAUGCACCUAUUAGAACAACAGUAGAUGUGCAAAUUUGUGAUGAUACGUAUCUAACAACAGAUGUUUUCUUAACAGACGUAGAAUCUGCAUUGCUUGGGCUGUUUUGCUGCUUUGCAUACGAUCCAGAUUGUGUUAUAUACAGUGUUGGCCAUAUGAAAAAUUCCCCUAGCGCGGUAAGGGAUUUCUUUUCUAAUAUACCAUCUUCCAUGGCUGCUUGUAUUUUAAGUAGAGAAAUUGGAGUAGAAGAACAUUUAAAUAGCGCAGAUCCUUUAGAAAGUAUUAAAUUGCUUCCAGGAAAGGAGAUACCUAUGGAUGUUCAGCAAGCAUGGAAGAAUAUAGUUAGAGAUUAUUGUAUUGAUGACCUGGGAUUCAAUGAAUCGAAUGAUGGCAAAGUUCUUGCUGGAGGGAUUCUUAACGUGUUGACAGCAAUUUUACAACUUGCUGGAGAAUACAAUGAAGUAAACAAAGAAAAAAUCGAAUCUUUUAAGAACAAAUUAUUAGAAGUGAUAGAAGAAGAAACUAUUGAUCGAAUUGUUGAAGACAUACAAGAAUACGCAGAAACUCUGUUUGCUUCUCUCUCCUGGCAGUGCACUCCAUGCGAUGGAUUGGUAGAAUGGUAUGAUUAUAAAUCAGAUGAAUCAGAAAGAAAAAGAGAAAUCUUUAUAAGCUUCAUAUCUAUUGGGACAUAUAUUGAAAAACAUAGAACUGAUCUAUAUGGAAGCAUGCAAAUCUACUACGCACAUAAAAACCAGGCACAGCCCAUAAUAUUGCACUUAAUGAAUUCAAAGAUAACACAUUUAGAAAUUGGAAAGAAGGUUGUAAAGUUGGAUAAAUCUAAAGAAAAUGCAAGAGAAGAAGUCAAAAAGGAGUUACAAAUGCCACUUAAAGAAAAUAGUUUCAUUCAACACAUUCUCUUUGAUUACAUUGAAAAAAUAGAGAGUUAUACACUGCCUGAGUAUGUUGUAUUUGCUUCUUAUAUAAUCGAAAAUAUUAAUUCUAGUGAUAUAAAUCCUCCACUUCGCUUCCACUGCAUGCAGCCAACUAAACAUAUUCAUGUAGCUAUGUUUAGUGUAGUGGACUGCCUGUUAACAGAUAAAUAUAUCACACCAAACUAUAUAAAAUCUUCAACUCAUCAAGAACUUAAUUUAAGCUAUAUAAUAAUAACCACUCCAGUGUCUAAUAUAGAGAAUUUGCUGUUUUUAAUUGUUUGCAUAGGCUGCAAGAGGGGAAAUGCAAAAAAUAAUUUGAAAGAAAUACGAAAAGCUAUGCCUAAAGAUAGUAAUCACGAAUUCAUAACAAUAAAAGUUAUGGUCAAAAUUGUUUCUAUUCUACUCAGAUGUAGUGCAGACAUUGACCUAGCUAAUGUACUAGCCGCAUAUGCUCAGAUAUACUGGGGUAGUGACAAAAUGUGCAUUGCCAAAAUAGUUGAAAAACAUCCUAGGCAGAAAGAUAGAAUAUUGAACUGUCUAGAUCGACAUAUGACUGUCAAACGUAGAAAGCCAGCAAAAAAAAGAAAAAUGAUAAUACGUCGCAAGCCAAGAAUGAACCCUAAGAAUAUGUACUGCAUAGUAUGCUGA